CGCUGCCGGCUCCGCUGCCCCCUCGCUCGUGGCCUCGCCCGCUGCCGGCGGCCCGCUGAGACAUGGACUUGGCAGGCGCGCUGCUGGCCUUGCUCCUCGUGCUGGUGCUUGUCGUCUCGCUGCUCUCCAAUCUCCUGGUGCUGCUAUGCUUCGUCUACAGUACGGAGAUCCGCAAGCAAGUCGCCGGGGUUUUCCUGGUGAACUUAUCUUUCUGCAACUUGCUCCUCACCGUCCUGAACAUGCCUUUCACGCUGCUGGGGAUCCUGAGGAGCCAGCAGCCCCUCGGGGGCUGCGUCUGCAAAGCAGUGGGGUUCCUGGAAACUUUCCUCACUUCCAACACCAUGCUGAGCAUGGCAGCGCUCAGCAUCGACAAGUGGAUUGCUGUGGUGUUCCCCUUGAGCUACACCAGCAAGAUGCGAUAUAAAGACGCUGUGAUCCUCAUGGGCUACUCGUGGCUCCACUCCCUCACCUUCCCCCUGGUCUCCCUAUUUUACUCGUGGGUAGAUUAUAGCAGCGUUUAUGCCUCUUGCACCUUGCACCUGAAGGAAGAGACAGAGCGGAGAAGGUUUACGGUGUUCACCAUUGUCUUUCAUGCCACCAGCUUCAUGCUGUCGCUGGUGAUCUUGUGUUUCACCUAUUUAAAGGUGUUGAAAGUCGCCCGGUUUCACUGCAAGCGGAUAGACAUUAUCACCAUGCAGACCUUGGUUUUGCUGGUGGACAUCCACCCCAGUGUGAAACAGCGCUGUCUUAACGAGCAGAAGCGGAGAAGGCAGCGGGCAACCAAGAAAAUCAGCAUUUUUAUAGGGUCUUUUGUGAUCUGUUUCGGUCCUUACAUUAUCACCAGGUUGAUAGAGCUCCUUCCUUUUGUUACCAUAAACUACUACUGGGGAAUUAUAAGCAAGUGCCUCACCUACAGUAAGGCUGCAUCGGAUCCAUUUGUUUACUCGCUUUUACGUCAACAGUACAAGAAAGUCCUGAUCAACAUCGUCAAUAGGAUACUUAAGAGGGAUCUGUAUCCUUCGUCGGGCUACAACAGCUCUCUCGACACCGAAAAUGAUUACUGCUUGCACAGAACAAACUAACAUGACAAUCAUUCCCCUCUGAUAAGACAGGCAGUUGCUGCUGCUGGAAAACUGCCUUUUUCCUCUCCUACUGAGUAGACAAGGACAGCGACAGAGUCUCCGUUGGGUGAAAGCUGCAGUGAAGCAAAGCUGGUUAGCUGUGGACUUUCAUGAAAAGUCCUUUUGUGGUCUUCAGCCAGCAUGAUAGAUGGCAAAGAUGGAGUAGGUCUGAAGGAUUUAGAAGAUUAGGGAGCCCUUAGAGGCUUUAGAGAAGCUUAGAUAGUCUUUAAUGUCUCAUGUAUGAAAACUUGGUAUUUUGGAGUGUCCCCUACAGUAUUUGACCAGCCYACACGGGAAGAGUCUGGUACUACAGGAGUCCCCAACUUGGAAGGAGAGAUUCAGAGUCCUCUGUGCUGCACAUGUACCUUGGCAGCCCUGGGUUUGUGCUGCUAGUUUUGGACAUGAAAAAUAAGUCUUUUAAUGGAUUAAUUGCUGCAUACAUAUUUCAGCAGCCUGGAUUUGUGCUAUUAGUUUCAAAUAUUAAAAAAGCAUUUUAUUUGAUUGAUUUAUUGUGUUGGUGCCUCAAGUGAGUGAUAUGGGUCAGCACUUUGAAUAUGAAAUUGUUAUUAUUAUUAUUAUCAUUAGGCAUCAUGAUUGUAAUAUAGCCUUUAGGAAGUGGUAUGUAUAUUCAAUAUGCCAGUAUUUUAUCAAGACUAACCAAAGUCCACAUAUCUGAGUUACAAAUAUUUAGCACUUCAGUGGUAUGUGAUUACAAYAAUUGCAGCUAAAGUAACAAAGAUAUAUAUGGAGUUUAGUUAAAUAGCACUGUAGUUCCAUCACUGAGCUAGUCCUAUUCAAACAAGCUUUCAUAAAAAAAAAUAGACAGUAGAAGUGACAGAUAGCACUGUAUUUAAGAUAUAUUAUUUCAGAAGCUAUCUGUUUUCAAAGARCAGGCUAAAAUAUGUUAAUUAAUUUUAAAGGGAUAUAUAACAUGUAAAAUAUUUCAUGCAAUGGCUACAUUUGGUGGAUUGUAAUAAUAUUGUACAAUCUUUUCUUUUUUAUUGAUCUAUUAUUCUGGUGAUUUUAACUGACACCAAGAGAUGUCUGGGAGAUAUUGUAACAGACCUGCUGCCAAAUGCCCAGAAAUACAAAGCUGCUUUAUUACUAUAUGUAUUUUUCUCUUUCAUUUAUUUUUAAAUCUAAACAGACACUGGAAAAAUAGUGAAAUUAUUUUUGAACAGUAUUUGUUUGAUUAUAWAAGAUAUGAAUCAAAAUAUUCUAUGGCAUUCAAAACUACUAUUUUCUAAACAAACACAUAAUAGAAAAAUGAAAGCAAUUCUAAAAUAUAUUUUAAAAAUAAAGAAAUACUACAGUAAAGGACACUUAUUUUUAUGCAACUAUAGGCUCAACCCUAUUAAAUAUGGGGAAGGCUUUUCCUCAUCCAACUAAGUAUAUUAAGCAUGUGAUUAGG